AUGGGACUUAUUGUCCUUUCAGAUGCUACUCCAGACUGUCCGCAGCCAUCCCCAGGUGAGAUUUUCAACGUUACGUUCUACCCCAAUGAGGAAGACUGCACCUUGUAUUGGGAAUGUGACAAUGGACUUCUGAGAAAUGGAUCUUGUCCUAAUGGUCUCAUAUGGAACAACGACUUACAGGCCUGUGAUUGGCCUUACAACUAUGACUGUCCCUAUGACAAGAUGGGACUUAUUGUCCUUUCAGAUGCUACUCCAGACUGUCCGCAGCCAUCCCCAGGUGAGAUUUUCAACGUUACGUUCUACCCCAAUGAGGAAGACUGCACCUUGUAUUGGGAAUGUGACAAUGGACUUCUGAGAAAUGGAUCUUGUCCUAAUGGUCUCAUAUGGAACAACGACUUACAGGCCUGUGAUUGGCCUUACAACUAUGACUGUCCUUAUGACAAAAAGGGCCUUAUUGUCCUUUCAGAUGCCACUCCAGACUGUCCGCGGCCAUCUCCAAGUGAGGUUUUCAACGUUACUUUCUACCCCAAUGAGGAAGAUUGCACGAAGUAUUUUGAAUGUGACAAUGGACUUUUGAGAAACGCGUCUUGCCCUAAUGGUCUCAUAUGGAACAAUGACUUACAGGUCUGUGAUUGGCCUUACAACUAUGACUGUCCCUAUGACAAGAAGGAACGUAGUUCCCUGCGAGGUGAGGUGUUUGUUUGUCCUCCAGUUCGCCCGCAUUUGUUAGGCGUUGUUAUGUUUUUCCCCAAUGACGCCAACUGCCACAAAUACUGGGAAUGUCUUAAUGGUAGAGUGAAGGAUGGCAAUUGUGAAGGAGCUCUUGUGUGGAAUCCUAAUCUCAAGAAAUGCGACUUGGAAACUAACUAUCCUUGCAACACAGAUAACUGA